AUGGUAAAGCUAGCAGACCUGGUUCACUACCCUCGACCUUUCACCGCUGCUUCGUCUUUCUCCUUCAUUUCCAACCCACCGCCGCCGCAGCGCCCCACUGACGGCCGCGUUCUCGCCGCCCUAAACAGCCCAACCAUCCUCGUCGGAACCCUAACCCUCCCCAGCCACACCGCUCUCUCCUCCUCUUCUCCUCCUUGCUCCUGUUUCCGAUUCUCCGACGGCUCCGCCACCGUCUGCUGCGACGUUCUCCACUUCCACGCUGGCGCCAUAGGGAAAGCAAUUCGCGUCACGGCUUUUAAUUUCAUCCCAUUGAAGCACCACGGCGGCCGCAGCGGUUUCUUAGAGAUUAUAAAAUGGUGUUUUUAUGAUUCUAAUGAGGGAUUGAACCAAGUGGAUUCGCUUCCACUGGUACUGAAUCACCCCGGCAGCAGUUGCUGUCGCGGCGGUGGCAGUGACGGUUCCAGAGGCAUCCACGGAGUGGUGGAGUCCGUUGGCCCUGUUUCUGUGGUCCCGUGCGCCAUGGCUGCAAGUAGCUCGGAUUUGAAUUCGGGUUCUAAGGUGAACUUGCCAGGGUUUUUGGUACAAUUGAUGUGUUGUGAGUGUAUGUUAUGUGAUUCUAAGGAGUUAGUAAACAAUUUGAUGAGUGGUUCUUCUAUGGAGAAUGGGAUUGACCAUUCUUUUACCAAAAUGGAGAUUGUGUAUUUUUGUGGCAAUGCAUCAUCGUGGCACCCUGCUAUUACUAAACUAAUUGGUAAUCGCAUUGUAGUUUCGGGCUUGAAGAAGAAGUUGGUUUAUAUAACAAAGGAGGAGUCUUGUGUGAUGUAUGUUACUGUGGAUACGUCAGUGCUUCGUGUUUGUCCAUGUUCAGAGAAAUGGUUGCCACGCUUGAAGUGUGCGAUAAAGGGGAAGGGAGAAUGUGGUGUAUAUACUGGCAUAAUUAAAGGUGUUUACAUGCAAGGGAUGGCUUUGGAGUUGGACCAUGAUGUGUGGCUUCUUUUAACUGAUGAACUACAUACUCUGAUACAUGGUCUGAGGGUUGGCUCCAUUAUAUCUGUGAGAAAUGUCCAUUUCAUGGAUCCAAAGUUUUCAUGGACAAAAAUUAUUAUUCUUGGGGCCUGCGUCAAGACUAGCAUUAUCGUGGAAUCCUUCUCACCGCUGGAAACUGUGGUAUUACUUCUUGUCUCAAGCUUACGUAAAAAGUUUGCUGGUAUCCUAUCUGACAAGGAGAUUUUGGGAUCAAAACAUAAAGAAGGGCUAGCUCAGACUUAUUCUAGUUCACUCUUACCUCCAUCAGUGUUUCAAACUCAGCAUGGUGCUUUCAUGGGGCUGUGUAGACGACAUGACUUGAAUGGCUGCAGUAGAGAAUUGCAUUGCGGUUUUCUAAAAAUGGUAAUACCAAUAUCUAUCUUCACCGAUCACUGUAUUGACACCUUAAUAAGAAUGAUGAAGUCGGAAAAUCAUUGUAAACUAUUACCUGUUGGCAGUCAUUUCAGUAUUUUAUCACGUGAAGCCAGAUAUAAUGGUAGGUCAGUUAGGAGGUUCAUUCCAAGUGAGGAAGUGGGUGUCGUUUUGCUUGGACAUCUAAAGAUUGAUCCAUUGAAUAGAAGACUGCAGCUGGUUGAUGCUACUGGGGGCAUUGAUGUUCUUAUACCAGAUCUUCCCUUUACUUGGAAUCCCAACAAAAUAUAUGAGAAAGGAGUACUUGGAGGGAAGGGGAAGGAGCUUGGCAUACUUAAUAAGAAAACUGAUUCUAGUAUAGAGUGA